CCCUCAUCCUCCUCAUCUUCCUCCUCCACCUCUUCUUCAUCUUCAUCUUUAGAGAGGCCCGAAAGCUGUCACACGCUGCAGGGUUCCUUCCAUUGCUUGCUUCUUUCUUUCUUUCUUUCUUUUUUAAUCUCUUGUCUGCUCGCAAACCUCUGUCCUCUGCUGUGCUUCUGGCACGUGAGCGCGGACAACGCGAGGAGGGAGCUGUCCGGUGCUGAAGUUGCAUUUCUCAUUCUUUCUGGAGCCAGGAGGCGGAGAGAGAAGGAGCCGAACUGAGCACACAUUCUAAAAGUCCUUCACUGGAGUUCAGUUCGCGGCUCUCGCGUAUUCAACAAACACUCAGACAAUCCGCUCGCUCUUUUUGGUGCGUAAAGAGUGAAAUCAGCACGCUGGCCAGGCCGUCUGCGAUCGGCUGUGUUUGUGAGUGUGUGCGGCUGUGUUCGCGAGUGUGAGCGUGUGUGUGUGUGUGUGUGUCGGUGUCGCACCACCAUGCCAAGGUCUUUCCUGGUGAAAAAGGUGAAAUUGGAUGAUUUCUCCACCGCAGCGGAUUUGGAGAACGCCUACCGCCACAGGACAGACCUCAGCCUGCGGCUCCAUGACAAAGCUGGUUACAUCAGUGACUACAUCAACCCUGUUGUGUACGAUGGUGAGAGUGACAGUGGAAUCAAGGUUCCCUCUCCCGAUCCUCUCUACGAUGGAAUCCACAGUGACUAUGGAGCACCUGACUCCGAGUCUCCUGGCAGCCCCAGCUCAGAGAUCACUGAUGGCUACAUCAACGGAGAUACUGCGGUGAGUGAGGGUUACACAGUUGACGCCUUCUUCAUCACUGAUGGCCGCUCUAGGAGGAAAGGCCUCGGAAGUCCCAGGACCAUUCAGAGGCACACCUGCAACGAGUGCGGCAAAACCUACGCCACGUCUUCGAACCUGAGCCGGCACAAACAGACACACCGCUCGCUGGACAGCAAGCUGGCAAAGAAAUGUCCCACGUGUGGGAAGGUGUACGUUUCCAUGCCCGCCAUGGCCAUGCAUCUGCUCACGCACGACCUCAAGCACAAGUGUGACGUGUGUGGGAAAGCGUUCAGCCGGCCGUGGCUUUUGCAGGGCCACAUGCGCUCACACACGGGGGAGAAGCCGUUUGGGUGUGCCCACUGUGGGAAGGCCUUCGCGGAUCGCUCGAACCUGCGCGCUCACAUGCAGACCCACUCGGCCUUCAAACACUUCAAGUGUAAACGCUGCGACAAGACCUUCGCACUCAAGAGUUACCUGAACAAGCACUACGAGUCCGCCUGCUUCAAAGGGCCCUUCUCUCCUCUCAGCCCCUUAGAUGCAUGACCCCCUGCAUACAUAAAAACACAGACAAAACUGCAGAUAUAAAUUACCAAUAUCCUUAAAAGACUCAACUGCAGACACAAACAAUCUAUUUUUGGUCAGAAUGUGACCUCGCUUUUCCUCCCCCCCUGCGCCCUCUCUCACUCCCGACAACCUCGCUAUUCCUUGGAGCCUAUUCACGACGAUGAAGAUGAUGAAGAUAGCACAAUUUUUUUCCUUGAGAUUUUGCCCACUUAAGGAUUUACCUGAUCUACGCAUGCACUUCCUCAAAAAUCUCUUCACCUCCUCUUCCUCUGUCUGUUCUAGAUAGAGACAAUGAAACAAA